AUGGACCGAGAGCAGCGCGGAAACGGCGCCCGUCUCAUUGGAGACCAUGCUCAUGGAUCGGACGAUCCGGAUCGCACUCCCAACUACAGCUCAGAGCUCCAGUUGCCUAGGGGGUUCAUUACACCCAGAGCGCUGCCUGAAUUGUCAGCGCACGGCGCUAGAAAGCAACUGAUCACGGGUCGGUGCUCGUACGCUACCUGGGUGGAACGCUUACGUGUCUUACGAGAAAUGCGCGAGGAUGUCUUAUACGAACCCUCUAUGCAGCACACGAUGAACGGUUUGGAUGCGUGCAUCUGUGCGCUCGCCAACAUAGUGGGCACGCCUGUUACACGUGAAUCACCACGGAUUCCAAAUAGUUAUGACGUCUCUGCAAGCGAUGGCGGCGCAACUGACCGUGCCUUGGACUAUCCCAGCGUAACAUCAGACCGAAUAGUCUCCAUCUAUAAAUCGGACCCCAGAAGUCCCCGUUGCAAUGCAGUGGCAGCACCUUAUGAGGAGCAGGCAUUGCCGGGGCGCGAAAGCUACACAAUGGACGACGUUAUUGGGUCACUUGACAGCAUGGAGGUAUCUAAGAGCGACGACCAGAUACCGCCCGCGCUGCUGCUCGAGGCAAACGCAGCAGCGGGGCAUUUCGACGACACUGUGGUUCAUAAACUGUAUUCCCGUCGUUGGUUGCGACGUUUCGAAGCAGUGGACGACAUUUUGGCGUUAAUCGACACUGACGAGAUCCUGGCAACUAACGACGAUAGCAUCCAAAAGGCCGUCGCAGGCAUUUAUUGUGCCCUGACCCGGCUGUUCAAGGAUCACGCACUAAAGGUGCUUAUAAAAUCGCUAGAUCUGCUGGAUUCCUUCUUCGCGUUCAUGGAGCGUCAUGGUUGCUCUGUAGCCACCAGUGCGCGUGGCGCCACCGACCGUGGAGAAGCGCCCCGUUCAAAAACGGAUCGCGGUGCUGCAGUUAGCGGCGGUUCAGAGUUCUUGGAAGCGCUUAUCGCCCGACUUGGGGAUCCGGUCUCAGCGGUGAUCAACUGCGCCGUCUGUGCGUUGCUCAAGGUUGCCGAAUCCAACACCAUCCCGACGUAUGAGGACAUUGUCAACUGCCUCAUCAGGUCGCUCGGUGGUUACAAUUCGCAGCCAGGGGCCCGCUCAAUUUGCAAUCGCUUGCGGCUGAUAUCGACGUUGUUGCUCAGGGCACAUCUCUACAACUCUCACGGCGUUGCGCGGCUCUCUGUGAAACAGGCUCCUUUCUUCGAAACCGUGGGUGCCCUUUGCAGGCAUUCGCACGGAUCGGUGCGGGCUGUGGCUGUGGAAGUCUUGGCCAUCGGAAUGAAAAUCUACUUCCGUGGCGCGACGCCGAAUCUUGACCCGAUCAUUUGCGACGCGGCGGAGCGCAUCCAGCCGCAAUCUGCGUCAGUUUACGAGGGAAGCGCCGAUGAGCGAACUAAGGUAAUGAUUGCGGAGGCGCAGGCAAGUUGGCCCGCCGACCUUCUACGGGCGCGUACACCUCGCCAGUGUUAA